AGGACAACCAUGAGAGGCCGGUCAAAACGUACUCACACAGCAACUACUCCCAACCAUGUCAUCAGAUAGCAAAUCAGAAGCCACCCACCAAGCCCAACCAAAGCCCAAUCAAACAACUUAGGUCGCUAGACUCACGGUGACUUCAAACCAGCCAAAAAGAUGUCUCCCGACAAACUUACGUCGUCGAAACUUAUGGACUUUUCCUCCAAUCUUGCCCAGCUCAAGCAAGCCAAACCCAGCCGGCAGAAUCCCAGAAUCCCGCCACCAUGGCGCUCAGAAACUGUGCCUCCCGAGAAACUCACGUCGUCAAAGCUUACAAUAAUCCUCUCUGCUCACAAGCAAGCCAACCCCAACCGGCAGAAUCCCACUCCGGGCCCCCAUCCCCAUCCUGCCCACUCCCACCAGCAUAACCCUCGCGCUGAUCCACCUCUUGCGCCACCCAACACGGCCCUCGAUUGUGCCUUGCGUGCGAUUUCGAUUCAGCCUCGUCCAAGGAUGCCACGUUUCAGACCGUUCCAGGAGUCCUCGAAUCCCUUCUAAAAUCCCACAUUUCACACCCUUCCAGAAAUAGGCCUCGGAGAAUAACCACCUGCCCGGUCGAUGGAUCGCAUCCCAUCGGCCAGGAUCAGAUCAAAGUCACAUCCCUCAGUCGCAACAGGAAUUGCGGAGCAAGGCUGAGCACUAGGCCA